UUGACCUCAGGUGUGUUUUUCAGCUAAAGGUAAACAAAUGGACUCGGCGGUGGUUUGCGGUAAAAACAUGAAAAAUGUGAUCGAAUCGCGCAGAUUAAAGCGAGUAAAAUGCCUGGCCCGAAGAGAAGAUAUAAUGUACGGUUCCCUCCUAGUCGCAUCAAAAAGAUCAUGCAGAAGGACGCAGAGGUGGGGAGGAUCGCGGUGGCGGUUCCUGUGAUCAUCUCCCGUGCGCUGGAAAUGUUCCUGAAGUGUCUGCUGACUGAAACCUGCCUGAUAACCCAGUCAAAGCUCAGCGCCGUUGUGUCUGUCGCUCACAUGAAGCAGUGCAUAGAGUCAGAGAAGCUCUUCCACUUCCUCAAAGACCUGGUGGAGCGAGCUACUUCUACAGCAGGCCAGAAGGACAACAGAGGCAUGAGCAUGUGGCCGUUAUACAGGAGCAGACGGCAUGACUGUUCUGUUAAAAAACCCACUGAAGUGGUAGAAAUGGCGCCACGAUCGAGCCUCGACUCGCUGGACAACGACUCCAGCUCUGGUGAGUCAGAGCUCUACAUCUGCUUAUGACUGUGAGCGACCAGAGGAAUGUGCUGUCAACUUACAGCAGCAUCAUUUCAUCAUGUUGCUCUCUAUUUAACGAUUUACUAAGGGGGGGAAAAAACAUUUAAGUUAUAUCAUAGUUUAGACACUUGCCUGUUAUUAGAUUUGUUUUUUGAAAAUGUUACAUUUUGUAGUGAAGCCCUCUCCCUUUUUUGUUUGUCAUACAUAUGUGUUAGGAGGACAAGAAGAAUCUAUGUUUACACUAAAGAAAAUACUUAAUAUAUAAAUUGCUUCUUACUUCUAAAGGGUUUUGGUUGUUCAGGCUUUGCAGUUGAAUUGAAAAUAUAAUGUUAUGCUCUCAUCAGCUUAUGUCAGUUUAAAAGAAAAAACAAAGUGCUUAAUUUGCUGAAUAGUGGCCUUUGUGGUUUCUGUUUUGAGCGUUAAAUUUUUAAAGCACUUGUAAAUUAACGUUUUAAAGACAGCAAACCUUUGCAUAUGAAAUGUAAUCAAACUGUAAAUAAAUACAUUCAUUUCCGCCUUCUGUGAUUGACAAAUUUAACGUGAAGAAGUUAAAAGAUGUGCUCACAUAAAUAAAAACAAAUCCAGAGUG